GUACGAGGGUUCUCCGUGGGGAGCAGAUGGCUUUGAAAGGAGGUGGAAUUCCCACAGGCCGGCAUGCGCCGCGAGUCCGGCCAAGCUCGGCAGAACUGGAGAAGCAGGCGGGCGUAGUCCGCAGGGCUCUGGCGAAGAAGGAGCUUGGGCGAUUGCGUCGGGAGGCAGCGGAGCAUCGACGAAAAGUUCGUGAGAUGUUCGAAGAUGCCGACGCGCAAGUCAAGCUGCACGACGAGCAGCGCGAGGCGGAAAUUGCCGAUGCGCGUCGGACACGCGAAGAGGCCGAGGAGCAGGCCAGUGCCUUUGUGGCCCAGAGUCUGAAGGCUGCAGCCGAGAAGAGGCGUCAAGAAGCCGAGCUUGCCGAAGAAGUCCGCCAGCAGGCAGAGGCUGACCGAUUGCGAAAGAAGCGUGAGCGUGAAGCAAGGUUUACCAAUGAUCGCCCAUUAGAACGGUGA